AUCACUCCGCUGGCAUGGAGGAGGAGGAGGAGAGCACUCGAUCAUUGUGAUGGUGGCGGUGGCAGCGGCAGCCUGCGAGCGACCAGCGGAUCGGCGUCUUUCGGAAAAGGGAGGGGGGGGUGGAAUGUACCUUUAAACGGUCAGGCUCUGCCGCACGGCGCCUCGUGUCUCUUUGGGAUCUACCACCCGACCGGCUGAUGAGAUGCGACCGCACGCAACUGCUCUGGAGCGUCCGCGCUGGGAACGAGCAAAACUUUUUCUCAAAGGAAAACACAAUGAAGCGAGCAGCUUGCGCCGGCGGCCGCUGCGCGUGUGACGAUUGCUGGUAGGCGUCGGGAUCUCGCGUGGAGUUACAUUGGACACGGUGUAGCCGUGGUGGCAGGGGGAGUGGGCAAAAGACCGGACCGCUGAGCCCGGCCACACUGUCCCGUGUCAUUGUGUGUGCGCAUUUUGGACACAGUUUGCGUUAAGCGCUGUUCGCGUGCUCGAAUGAAAGACUUUUGGAUGGAAGCGGCCACUGGUUCGUAGUCUUUUGAUCCCCCUCCCAUUCCCUUCCUUUCCCUUCUCAACCCCCUAGACACACUUCAGGCACAGGAGAGGAGAAAAGGAAAGUUUGUUCAAAAUACUGUCCACGGACUAUAGGAUGGGGGAUUUCGCAGCCCCCGCUGCCGCGAACGGCAGCAGCAUUUGCAUCAACAGCAACAUGAGCGGUGCCGUCGGCGGCAACGGCGGUGGCAGUAACGGCAGCAGCGUGGCCGUUCCCAAACACAGCACCGUGGUGGAGAGGCUCCGGCAGCGCAUCGAGGGCUGCCGGCGGCACCACGUGAGCUGCGAGGCCAGGUACCAGCGCGCGCAAGCCGAGCAGCUGGAGCUCGAGCGUCGCGAGACGGCGAGCCUCUACCAGCGGACACUGGAGCAGCGCUCCAAGAAGUCCAACAGCAGCAGCACGGGCGGCAGCAAGCAGAGCAAGCAGCAGGAGUCCGAGUGCGCGAGCACGGCGGAGCAGAGGAAUAACACACUGAUCGCGCUUCAGGAGACGGUGAAAAGGAAGCUGGAUAGCACCCGAUCGCCGCUGAAUGGGGAGCAGAACGGGAUUUGUGAUGGGAGCUUCUCUCCCAAUGCGAAGAGAGUACGGAAGGAGUGCUCAACCGGAGGCCUGGAACCGCUGGCUGGCUUACCCAACAGUGCACCGCCUGCAUCUGCAGUUUCUCCCCUCCAUCAGAUGGACAUCAAACCACAGCUUGGCAUUACCAACAACAUUAACAGCGGCAGUGUUCACAUCUCGGGGCGACCUGAUGAUCUGGGGAAGAACGGAGGAUUGCCGGACCUAAAGCUCCAGGUCAAUGGCUCUCUUGACCUGGAUGAAGACUUCUGUCUGCUUCAGAGCAAGGACAUGAAGCAAGAGCCCCUGGAUGACCCCACCGAUAUCGAAUCUUCGGACACCUCGUUGUCAAACCAAAACAAACUCUUCUCUGACAUCAACCUCAAUGACCAGGAGUGGCAGGAGCUCAUCGAGGAGCUGGCCAACACUGUGCCAGAAGACGACAUGCACGACCUCUUCAACGAGGACUUUGAGGACAAGAAGGAUCAAGAAUUUGCACGGCCUGCAGUGCAGAACCCCCUCUCUCAGGAGCCACCUCCCGCUCCUCCAUCUCAGAAUACCCAGGUAGCUAUGGGCUCCCCGCAGGUACGGCCUUCGUCUUCAGGGCCGCAGUUCAGCACGGCAGCUAACGGCACCCCCCCUCAGCAACCACUACAGCAACCCCCACCUAUGGCCGUGCCAUCAGGCUCCCCUGCCAGUUGUGCGGUCCGGUCACCCCAGACCCCAAACCAGGCCCAGACUCAGCCCUCCAGGCCAGGCAAUGGCUUUCUCAUGAAUCCUGCCUCUGGGGUGCUCGGGAGCGCUGGUGCACCUCCUGCUGGGCCUCCAGGUCAGGUAAGUGGAGGUGCAUUCCCCAUGGCCUCAACUGCAGCAGAACUUUCUCCAGCUGAGCAACUGAAGCAGAUGGCAGCACAGCAGCAGCAACGGGCUAAGCUCAGUCAGCAGAAACACCAGCAACAGCAGCAGCAGCAGCAGCAACCAUCACAGGCAGCAAACUGGUCACCUGCAGGGCCACCUACCAGUCCAUACGGAGGCCCCUUCAACUCAGACAAACCAAAUAGCCCAAUGAUGUACCCGCAAACUUUCAGUGCCCAGAACCCAAUGGUACCGGCGAUUGCAAACAACCCUCAGAAGGCCACUAUGAACUACCUCCCACAGAACCACAUGAACAUGAUCGGUCAACAGCCAAACAGCAUCGGUCAAAACACUAUGAGCAAGCAGCAGGCCGGCAUACUCUCGUACAACAACACUAAGCCCCUGAGCCAUUUCAGCGCGGUGGACCACAUAGGCCCGAGGAUGACCCCUCCCGUGGCCAACCCCAGCAAGAACCCCAUGAUGCCUUACAUGCAAGCCCAGGUGGGACAGGGUGCAGGACAGGGAGCUGGGCAGGCCCAGGUACCCGCACAAGCUCCCACCCAAGCCCAGGGCCAGAUGGCUGGACCAGCGGCCCACCUGAGCGAAGAGCAGAAGCGCAUGUUGCUCAUGAAGCAGAAGGCCAUGAGUCAGAGCUUGUCUUACAGCGGUAUGCAGCCUCCAGGACAGGACCAGACCCUUGGUGUGGGGGUCCCCCGGCAGCCUGGCAGCACCCAGCAGUCGCUCCCCGGUCCAGCAGGCAUGACGCAGGGUCCUGGUGCAAAUGCAGGGGGUCCUGGUUACCUGGGCAACCCCCAGCAGGCGGCCAUGAUGAAACAGAUACAGAUGGAGCAGGAGAAGCGUGUCCAGCUGCACCUGAUGGAGCAGCAGAAGCGACAGAUCAUGCGGGAGCAGCGGCAGCAGCACCAGAUGCUAGCAGAGCAGAUGCAGCAGCAGCAGCACCUCCCCAGGCAGUUGCCUCCACAGCAGAGGGGCCCGUACCCGGUGCAGCAGGUCACGCAGUUCCAGGGCACGCCACAGGAAAUGGCAGCAAGGAGUCAGGCGCUACAGAACAUCCGAAACGUCCGCUUGCUGCAGCAGCAGCAGCAGCAACAGCAGCAGAGUCAAGGCAUGCUCCAGAUGGGGUCCGUGCAGAUACCCAGCUCUGUGCAGGGGGCAGGUCCGGGGGUGGCCCCCACCUCUGACGUGAAUAUGGCGUACAGCGGCCAGCCCAGCAGUCAGCAAGGCAUGUAUGGGCCCAAGCCUGGCAUGAACCAGUUGUUGCAGCAUGCGAACCAAAGCGGUAUGGGCAUGGCUCAUAACCCAGCGCAGGCUCCCCGGCAGCCCGCUACAGGGCAGGGUGUCGCGAUGGCGGCCGGAUAUGGACAGGGCAUGAUGAUGAACCCCUCCGUGUCUCAGCAGCAGAUGAAGGGCCCCCCAGUCAGCCAGCCUAUGGCCAAGGCCCAAGUGCAGAGACUACAGGGCAUGCUGGGAGGAGGUGGCCAGGGGGCGCAAGGCUGGCCCCAGCAGCAGCAGCAGAACCUCCAAGCCUUGAGUGGUCGGACUAGUGGGGAGAUGGUGCCCUUCAACAACAGCCCGGCAUACGCCUUGCAGCCUGGUCAGCCGCGCGUGGCCAAGCAGCACUUUCCUCAAGGGAUGAACCAGCCCAUGGUGGACCCCAGGGCUAUGAACCCAGCCAUAGGUGGGCAGAUGAUGCCUCACAUGGUGGGCCAGCCAAGGACCAAUCAGCCUCGACCCAUGGUCAUGCCUGGGAUGGCCCAGGGUGUCCCCAGCAUGGCUACUUUUAACCAAGGUGCUGGGCAGCCCAUGGGCACUUCUGGUGGCUCAUACGUACAGAGCAGCCAACAACAGACUUACCAGCGGACUCCCAGUCAGGACCUGUCAUAUAGUUACGGCAGUCAGCCCACAAGCUCCGCCCCCUUUAAUUUGACGGACAGCACAGACUUGGACUCCUCAGAUGGCUGGAUGGAUGAAUUUUUCCCCAGCCAAUAGCAAAUGGACAGAGUGUUCUGGGAGGACGGUAGGUGACUGAAGGAAACAAAGACAAGACAGGAUGUUUCGUUCUGAAAACAUUGUGGUCUCAAAAACACGUGAGUGUGCUGUGUCGGUAUUGGGAAAAGCACCUCUCCGUUGUGAACUGGGUCAGUCUGCUACUUGUUCUGGAACAGUCCUAAGAGAGCAUAAAAUUUUAUUUCCAUUUUUAGAAAUAUUAAAUCUUCCCCUUUUUCACAGGAAAAAGUAAAAUUGAUCCCUCAAGUUCUUAGCCCUGUAUCUUCCUUAAAUGGAUUCCAGACCCUCUUUAUUUUACAGAAACUACUUUUAUCUCUCACUUCCAGAACAGUGAAAUUAAGAAUGAAAUUGAGAUAA